UUUGAACCGUGGACUUCUCCUGCCCCGAUGCGAUUUCGAUACGAACUCGAUGCGUACAACUGCAACCAGCAACCCCAGCUUUCCCCACCGUCGCUGUUUAUUUCUGCUGCCUCCACGGAGCACCGCUACCCUUCUUCGAUCCGGACUCAACCGCGGACGUGAAGUGGCGCUAGACAGCAGCGACGAGACGCGCGGCGGCGUCCAGAUCUCGACCCUCUCGCUCGAUCGUGAUCGGUGUUCGGAGGGGCUGGAGCGAAUCCGGUCGUAGUCCUCCAAUUCGAGGCUUCAUUUGCUUGGCCUCCACCCGUCGACAUCAGAUCGGAGCGCCCAUAGCCUUCUUCGACCCAGAAACAACCGCAGGUGCGACAAGACGCGCGACGGCCGGCGGCCACUGCAAAUCUGGAACCCCUCACUCGAUCGUGAUCCUGGUUCGGGGGGGCUGGAGCGAAUCCGCACCUAGUUCUACAAAUCGAGGCUUGAUCUCCAUCCGGAAAGGUUGCAAUGCUUGAAUUUUUCGAGAAGAAGCUGAAGCAAGUUGACAACAGAGCUAGGUUCCUCUCUGGUGUUCUGAGUGGUGAUAUCAAGAUCAUUCCCAGGAAGCAAAAGGAUCUGCUACAAGAGAUUGCUGAAAAGGGAUUUGAUACCCUCCCAAAGGAAGUUCUGCCCGCUGCCGUAGGAGCAACAAUAUACAGGGAAGAAAAUGGAAGAAGCCCUGAUGUACAUGCCAGUGAUUAUGAUUAUCUCACCUCCAUGACAAUUUCUGCCUUAAAUGAGGGGUACCUGGAGCAUCUUCUAGAACUAAAGAAGAGGUUUGAAACUAAAGUUGGACUCCUGAGAAGAGCUACACCGGAAUGUCUGAAAUCUGCAAAGAAACGAACUCAGAUAACUCUUGAUAUACAGUUGCUUGAUGCAAACUAUAUAAAAGCUCAAUCAGAUAGAAAGGUUGUGAUAGUCAUUGAUUGCAAACACAACAAGGUAUUUGAAGCAGCCCCCAGGAGACAACAUAAAAGGACUGCAGCCGAGUAUCUUGAGGCAAGUGUGGUGCUGAUGGAUGAUGAUGAGGAUCAUCUUGCUGGAAGUCUCGAGACCCAAGAAUUUAGUGAGACUGAGAACACACAAAAGCAACAAGCAAAGAAGCAGAAGAAACAAAGAAAGAAGCGGGGGAAGGAAGAAAGCAAAACAGGCGCAAUAUCUUGCCGCGGACUAGACUGUCAGGGCCAUGACAGAUCAAGCCAUGCCUUCCUCAACGAAGAAAUUAAGAAGAUUGCAAGUGGCUUAGAUGGUGUUAAGAUCACUCAUGGUAAUAUGGAUCGGAAUAGGGUAGCUCAGGUGUUGGCUAAGUUAAGCCUGCAGGAUGCAUCUGUGUCAGCUUAGCAUGUGGGUGCACCGUUCGUUGUAGCUUCUUUUGCCGCGGCAGAUGUAACCCUUUUGAUUAGGGGAACACUAGCCACUGGUCGGGUGGGGCGAGCCCCAUAUUGGCGGCCUCCCUAGCCUUUAGUUUAAAUUGCAAAGUCUUUAUCGUU